AUGAUAAAACCAAUUCGUAGCCUAUUUAUUGAUAAUUUCGACUCGUACUCAUACAAUAUUAUAUACUUUUUACAAAAGAUAAAUGGAAUAAAACCGAUUAUUAUAUAUCCAGAUGAAAUAAAUUAUGAUGAAUUUCUAGAAAAAUAUUACAACAAAAUUGAUAAUAUAAUAAUAUCACCUGGUUAUGGAAACCCAGAAGAAAAUAAGCAUAAUAAUUUAGUAAUUAACAUAUUAAAGAAUAAUUUAAAUAUUCCGAUAUUAGGAAUAUGUUAUGGGCAUCAAUUAAUUUGUCAUUUUUAUGGAGGAAAAAUAAAAAAAGUUAAAAAUAUGUUCCAUGGUAAUACAAAUAUUAUACAUAUAAAUAAAGAUGAAAAUGGAAAAUAUUGUAAUUUAUUUAAUAAUAUAAAAAAUAAUUUUAGAGCAACUUGUUAUAAUUCAUUGAAAGUGAGUAAACAUAUCAAUACAUCAAUAUUAGAUAUAACUUGUUAUUCUAUAUACUUAAAUGAAUAUAUAUUAAUGGGUAUAAAACAUAAACAACUUCCUUAUUAUUCUGUCCAAUAUCAUCCAGAAUCUGUAGUAAGCGAAUAUAGUUAUCAGUUUUUCGAAAAUUUUAAAAAUAUUACUAUAGAUUAUCAUAAAAAAAAUAAAACAAUUCGUUUCAGACAAUUAGAGAAUGAUUUAUUUGAAAGUUAUAUUGAAAAUAAACAAAUUUCUAACAUUAAUAGCACCAAUGAUAUAUCUUUUGAUAAAUGUCUUAAUAAUACUAGUGAAAAAAUGUAUGAACUAAAAAUAGUCAAAGUUGUUGGUAUUGAAAAUCUUUGCAAUGUUUCUUAUGAUAUAUUUCAAAAUGUUUUUUACAAUAAAGAUGAUAUAUGUUUUUGGUUAGACAGUAAUAACGAAAUAUUAAAUAAUAAAAAUCACGAUGAAAAAAAUGUUCAAAUACAAAAUGAUAUAUUUAAUGACCUAAUCAACAGUUCAAGGUUUUCUUACAUGGGCAAUACUAGAGGUAGCCUCAGUGAUGUUAUCGAAUAUUAUUUUGUAAACCCUGGAAAAAAUGGUGAAAAAAAUGAAUAUAGUGUUAUAAUAAAUUUAAAAAGGAAAGAAACAAAUAAAACAACUAGCCAUUUUUUACAUCAAACACAAAAUAAUAUAUCUGAAAAAAAUAAUUUCCUCAAUUUUGACGAAGAAAGUAAUACAUACGAAUAUCAAGAAAUUAUAAAACCUAACAAUUGCUUAGUUAAAUAUUUAAAUAAAAAAUUGGAAAAAUAUAAAAACAAUUUUAAUAUAAAUUUCUCUAUAUUUGAUAUAAAUGAAAAUAUCAAAAAUAAUAAAUCUGGAAUUUCAAGCAUUCGAAUUGAUGAUUCAUUUAGUUACCCAAUUGAUCAUUCAAACGUCCAAAAUAAUUGUUGUAAUCAUUCUGAUUAUUCUUUUGAAAAAGAUGAUUUUAUUUUUAAUAACAAAGACACAUGCUUGUUAGGAUAUAUUGGAGUAUUUAAUUAUGAAUAUAAAUAUGAAACUAUAAAAUUUUUAUAUGGUAAAAAUUUUGAACAUGUAAAAAAUAAAGACAAUGAAUAUUUUCCAGUAUCUUUUUUUAUUUUUCCUCAAAAUUUUAUUGCACUCGAUUUAGUAAAAAAUAGUUUAUAUUUGAUAUGUUUAGAACCGACGAAAGCGAGAUCACCAGAUUAUUCCCAUGAAAUGGAAAAUGAAAAAAUGAAAAAAAUUACAAAUAAAAUAAAUAUAUCAAAUAUAAAUAAACCUUGUGAUAAAACCUGUACAUCCAUUAAAAAAGAAAAUGAACAAUGGAUCCAUGAAACUCUCAACAAAAUUAUGAACAUAGUGAAUAAGCGGCCUGAUAUGAUUGACGAACAAAAUGGUAAAUUUUUAGAUGAAAAAAAAAAUAAAAUAAUAUUUUCUUCAUCUUUGAGCAAAGAUGAAUAUAUUGAAAAUGUUAGAAAGUGCAAAAAUAAAAUAAAAAAUGGUUAUUCAUAUGAACUUUGUUUAACAACAUCAUUUGAAGGAAAAUAUUAUAUUUGUGAUAAAAAUUCUAUAAACAUACUAGAUUUAUAUAAAUAUUUGAGAAAAGUAAAUAAAGUGUCAUAUAGUUGUUUUAUUAACUACAAUAGAAAAAUUAUUAUUAAGAAAAAUAAAUGUGAAAAUGAAAAUUUAAAAGAAAAUGAAAAAAAAAAAAAUUUUAAUGAAAAAUUAGAAUUUAGUAUUUUAUGUUUAAGCCCUGAAGAAUUCUUAAGAAAAAAUAAAGACAAUAUUAUUAGAAGUAAGCCAAUUAAAGGUACAAUAAAAAGAGGAAAAACAAAUGAAGAAGAUAUAAAAUUAAUAACAGAAUUAAAAAAUAAUAAAAAAGAAAUAUCAGAAAAUUUAAUGAUUGUAGAUUUAACAACUAAUGAUUUUCAUAGAUUAUGUCAAAUUGAUACAGUUAAAGUUAGCAAAUUAUUUCAUAUAGAAUCAUAUACUUUUCUUCAUCAAAUGGUGUCAGAAAUUAUUGGGAAAAAUAAUAAUUCAAAGGAUUUUUCGGAUUCUAUUAUAAAUAUUUUCCCCGGUGGGUCUAUGACUGGUUCUCCUAAACUUAUAUCAAUGUCCAUUUUACAGGAAAUUGAGCAGUUGCCACGAGGCAUAUAUUCAGGAUCUGCUGGCUUCAUAUCUAUAGAGGGGAAUUUUAUUUUUAACAUAAUUAUUAGAACUGCAAUAAUACGAAACAAUAUUAUUUCAAUCGGAGCUGGGGGAGCCAUUACAAUCAAGAGUGACGAAAAUGCAGAAUACGAUGAAAUGUUGUUAAAGUUUAAGAGUAUAUCAAGCCCAAUUUGUUCAUAUUUUAAGGAACGAUAUAAUGCCAAUGUGCAGUAUAAUAUUUAG